UACGUCACUGUGCGUGAGCGCGCUGUGGUUCUCAAACAGAAAUGGUAUUCUGUGUUGUAUUAUAUUGACAAUGUAUAAAAGAACCCCAAGUGAACAAAGAGGACAUUUUGAGUAAGAAGGUCUCAGCAUAUUAAACAAAGUGCAAUUAAUGUGUCCGCUGGCGAUAACUCGGUCUUUCCUGCUUUGAACUCUACCCGCUAAUAUCGAUCUGAAUAGCAGGGUGCACUUCAAUGCUUCAAGGUGACUUCCUUUACCACGGUACCCCCCUUUUCCCCGUUCGUCUCCCACUCCUAUCUCGCUCCCUUCACCCGGGAGCGCGUGCCUGAAAUUGUAUGCUUACUACAAACGAAGGCAAAGUUUUCUAGGACCGCGAGAAAUGAUGAAGCUCCUGGGUAAAUAGCACCCGACUCGCGUUUACAACACCCCCGACGGAGGCAAAGUAUAGCGGGUUUUUUUCCCCUCCUACUGGAAGGGAAAGAGAGAGAGAGAGAGAGAGUGAGUAGUUCGUAGGUCGGUGUGCGUGCGCGUGUCUAGGCUACAGAAGCGCGCGUACGUGUGCGUGUGCGUGCGCGAGUGUGACUGUGAGCGCAUUUCUCCCCCUGGACGUGUGGACGGUUUGUCGGACCAUUUUAACAUUUUUGUUCUUGAAAAUGGCCGCUAUUCCGCUCGGAGUUCCAGAGCAAUCAAUACAUUGGUAGGAGAGGGAGAGAGGAAGAGGGAGUGAGAGAGGGAGUGAGAGAGAGAUAGGAAAAGAGAGGAGGGAAUUCACAACACGUCAAUACAACACAACUGACCACAGUAUCUGCUACAACAUCAGCAUCCGCAGCAACAGCAACAGCAACAGCAACAGCAACAGCGGUGUUGCUUGCAAGCGCUUUGUGGUGCGAUCUGCGGAUGACUUUCGUACGGAAGAAAGAGCUGAGGAUUUUUGUAAAAUAUGCGGACGCAAUUGGCUGCUUUAAAUGCACAUCCAUCAACCACAAGAACCCGGAGUGUGAAGACACGUUUAACAACACAGGCAAAUUCUACGAGGAAGACUGCUGGGCCUCAAGACGUGGCAGAACGGGCCCUUUUCCCGGAACGCAAUGCAUCAAAAUGAUAGCGGAAGAUGCAUCCAUCAACUACACAGUGGUCGUCCGCAACUGCGUGGUGGACGACGGCGGCACCAACUCAGAGACGGAGAUCGGCCGUCAGAGCCACUGUGGCUGGAUGAGAGUGCUCAAGUACAACGGGCGCCGCAUGCGGGGUUGUAUCCUCAGUUGUGACACGGAUGCCUGCAAUGCUGGCCCACAGCCCGUGCACCGAGCGCCGCUCUCGGUGUGGACAAUGACUUUACUCACUCUGCUGCUGGCCACAGCUACGACUGUGAGCUUUCCAACGCCAUUUCUCUUUAUAUGACUCUGACAAGACUGAUGGAAAUGAGGAAUGGAAAAAAACUACCAUUCAGGAAAACGGGAUGGUGUUUUAUUUGCCAGUUUGGUUAUUAUAACCCGAGGGGGGGGGUAGGAAGGGGGCGUCUACGGAUUUUGUGAUUUUGAAAAAAUGCUCCUAGUGUUGUUCUCCUUUCUUUUUGUUUGGGGUACGGAGUUCUAAAGCUGGACUUUUCAUGGACCUUGGAAGACAUUCCACCAAACAAUGCACCUACUUGAAUACAGUAUAACAUAGAAAGAAGAAGGAGGGUACAAAUUCGUUCUAAAAGAAUAACAGAAGGCCUCAAAUUCAAAAGGACAUUGAGUUGGCGUUCUGUUGUAUUAAAGACAUACUUACAAAAAGCUCAGACAAGCCCAACUCGUUCAUUUCAGGGGAUGCGAUGAGCUUCUGUAAAAAAAGGGGGGAAAGGAAGAGGGAGGGGCGAGACUUAAAUUAUAACUGACUUCGAUUCACUGAGCUGAAUGAUCGUGCUGCGAAAUAAUGAUGCGGUGGACGUCCCGAUGGGAUUGGCAUAUUGAUUUCAGAAAGGGCAUGGACGUGCAAAAUUGAAAAAAGGAGCUUUGGUGCACUGGUGACUUCAAAGAAGAGAUUGGCGUACUGGUGUCAAAUACGAAGAGGGUUUAUUGACCCCUAAAGAAGACUUGUGUGAGAUCUGUUGACCAGAGAGAGAGGGAGAGACACGUGAUAUUGACAUCUGGCUACACACAAAAAGAAUGAUUGACGCUACGUGUAUUAUAUAAAUGUGGCAAUCUCAAAUAGUCUGUGUACUAACUAAGUACUAAGUCUAACAGGUAAAGAAAGUUAAGUCUGCAAAGAGCAGAUAGUGUUUUUGAUUUGAUGAGAUGUUACCAUACAAUAAGCGUGGAGCAGAAAAUAAAUUAGUGACAAGGAGAGACAACAGAUUCUCUUUGCCUGGAAAAAAAUGUGAAUUUCUUUGUCGUGGAGGGAGUUUACUCUGGUUUUGUUGGUGUCGUGAAUGAGCUGAUUUUGGUCAGUGUAUUGAUCAGUAUGCAAAAGCAUUGGCACAGAUUUAACAAGUAAAAGAUGGGAUUUUAAACGAUUGAUACAAUGAUUCAGAGGUCAAAAAGGUGUUUGCCUCAGUUUCAUACAAGUUGUUCUAGUUACCUAAGAUGGAAUGAACGUGAACAUUACGAAGCUGAAUUGAAGUGAAAUUUUCACUGAGGAAAAUUGGCGUAUUUAUGAAGCUUAAAAUCAACUGUGAAUGUUUUAAGAAAAGGUGGACAUCUCCAUUUCAAGGAUGUGAUGAUGAGAUGAUUCAGUUGGUGUUGUAAUGGCUGGUGAUGAGGGCCGCCCUGUUUCAAACUCUUAAUUCUUGGACUAAGGCCUCUUGAAGAGUACAGAGGAUUCCCCCGGCCACUUUGUUCGACUGUAAUGGAUGCAAACGUCAAGUCCAAACAAGAAGCUAUAUUUCUGAAAUAAUGUGACGACAAGGGUAUUUCACUCUUAUCCUAUCGUCGCACUUUCCUGGUAUAGAACAAAAUACACCACAAAACAAAACAGCCGGCAAGUCAAAGGUAAAGACAAAUGUGGACAGUGACGAAAGCUUGAACAACUUAUGAACCUUUGGAAAAUACUGCUUCGGACUGUAAAAACAUUAUUUGUACAAACGUAUGGUAUUGUACUAGAUGUAGUAAUGUUGGUGUCAUUAAAACAAUAAAUAACGUUUUGACCUGGCAUCGUUCUGUGGACGUCGGGCAAGUCUUAAAGAUAUACCUACAUUUUGAAAGAGGUUAAUGAGUUCUAGGUGGAUUUAAAUUGCAGCUUUUAAAUUGUCAGCUUUUAUUUGAAACACAGGUCCUGGUGUUUUUCAGUUAUCCAAAUAUGUUUAGUAUACUCUGACAUUGCCAUUAUGUCACAGCUAGUGACAAGUUAAAAGACGUCUAACUGAGCUGAAAGGUAUUUGGGAAGAUGUUUCAAUGUCGUUUAUUGUGGUUUUGUUUUGGUUUAAGAGUGUUUAUAUUUUUUGUACACUGACUAGAAACUCAUUCUAUUUCAUCCGUUGUUUCUACUAUAAGUGGAAAAAAAACUGUUACAUCUCUACUGUUAGUGCUUUUUCAAAGAGGUGCACGGGUAAAGUUAUCAAUUUUCACUUAUAGGGUUACAUUUUUUUUUCUCGCACAAUUUUUAACUUUGCUUCUGCUCAAGUUUAUAACAUGUACUCUGAAGUGAAAGACGUGGAAUCUAGAUCGAUUCCAAAUGCAUGUAAAAUUGAUUCAUAAUAUGACUUGCAGGCUAUCAAACACGUAUCUACUUUGGGCUUAUUUCGAAAGCUUCGUGUGAUAUGCUCUUUUGGAAGAAACCAUGAAAACAACUGAAAUUGACUCCAUUUGUUUUAUCUGAGCUACAGAAACAACUGACACAACACAAGAAGAUUUAUAUAUAACAAUUCUUUUGAAGACAUUAUUAUCUCACAUAGCUCUUGUAUCACUUGCGACUAUCAUAAGCAGCAUUUUUUUUUAAACAUACGUCAUCAAGACUUAAUAGCAAACAAAGCCAAAAUUACUUAGUAUUUUACACUCCUUUAAAGAUAGAAUGUUCAAUCUAUAUGGGUUUGUAAUAUGGAUAAAUGCACCAUUUUGACGUCUUGUGUGGCCCAGUAGUUAUUUUUCUUUUCCUCACCACUAACAAAGGCACACUUUCUUCAUUCACAGUUGUUAUCGUAAUCUUUUCUUUUUAAUCUACUAGGUUUUACCUUGCUCAACCUGAAAUUAAGGAUUUCUCUAUUCUGAAAGACUAAUUAUUUGUGUUCUUUGAGUUUAAACGAAUAGUUUUCGACCUAUUCUGUCUUCACAAGCUUUGUAAAUUUCAUUUUCUCAUACUCUCAUAAGUCUUCUGGGAUUCGUGUAUUCAAUGUCUUCAUCAUUCUUGAAAAACGACCGUGUUACGGCAAGGUAAGCGGUCUGAUCUCAACAUCCAUUUCAUGUGUUUAGGAGUUGCAAAGCGAAACUCGACGUCUUGGAGAAAUUACAGACGUGAGAAAAGUAUUUGAACCUUCAACUUUUUAAGUGAAUGCCUUACAACUGGCAACUCUGGAGAAAAAUUGCAUCAUUUUUGUCCAAGAUCAGGCCUUUUAUACGUGCAGUUUUUAUAUUAAGACUGUUAUAGACCUUGUGACAUAGUUCCCAGUCCUUUACACCUACAUCAUCCUCCACAUCAUAAUGCCGCUGGCGUUCCGACACUAGAUAGCAUAAAUUCUGUAUCAGCCCCCAAUAUUGAUUUCCCGUUUGACUUUCACUUUGUGUUAUAUUGUUUGAAAUACAAAAACGCGUUCAUUCUUUUCGCUGUCCAUGUAUGUAUUCAUAGUAGAAACCCACGUUUAAAAAGUAUGCCAUUAUUCAGAUUCAUAUACGUGUAAGUAAAAUUUCAAUUCUUUUCUUAAUCUCAUCUUUUAACUAUGUCUAUUUCCUCCAUGUUUUGAAAUGCAUUUAAUCGUCAGUGAUCUUGUUUUAGGCGAAGAUAUUCAACAUCUUGGUGUUGAACUGUCUUUAAUGACCUGCAGCUCCUUUAUCCACAAAAAUUUGGUUUUGUACCUACUUUUUCAAACAAUUUGACAUUGUUUAAGAUGCCAACUACCGGUAUACCGCUAAUUUGUUUAGGUGUCUCAUCUGAGACACGAGGCUAAUAUCUUAUCUAGAAAGAGUGUAGAAGAGUUGCAACAGACUGCCAGAAUUGGCAACAGACUUGUUUUGCACGUUCAAGUUUCUUAGUAAGCAGAGUUAAUUAAUUAUAAGAAAUUGGACAUCUCCACGCCAUAAUACCGCUCCAAUAUAUUUGUGGCCUUUCACACUUUCAGGAUAGCCGGGUUUGGUCGUCAUGAGGUCCUAUUGUUGGUGAUACAGUAAUCGUUGGUGGAAAGCUUCCACUUGGAAAGUAAAUUUACCCAUUUCCUCCUGUUUAUUGUUUUCCAAGAGAGUAGAGAGUUGAUGAUCAAGCUUUUUUUUUUUUUUUGGGGGGGGGGGGCCUUCGUGUGGGUUCUUCUUAUAAUGGUAGAAGACUUCAAGUCUAUGUCUUGAGCAUUGUCUCUGGGAGAUAUAACACGCUUGAAGACUUCACUUCACGGGAUGCGAGCCUGGUGUCAUCGGACCCAUCACCAUUUGAAAGACAACCAACACAUGAGGACCUCCCCAAACUCAUUCAUUCUGGAAAUGUUUUUUUUUAUGAGGGUGAAAGUAUCUUGGACAUUUACUACAUAUAUUAUGCCAUCAUCAUCUACUGCUAGAAUUGCUGUUUAAUCCCACACAACAAAGGGAUAAAGGGCCUACCCAAGGAAAACAUUGAGAAGAAUUUUUGAGGCUGAAAGGAAGAAAUAAAGAUGGAUCUAGAACGCCCCAUGGGGAAUUGGUGAAGGCCAAGAUUAUGCACAUCAUCAAACGAAAAGCAUUAACAAGGAAGUAAGAGAGACAUAUACCAUGCUUUCUUGAAUUCUUAAAAUUUCCAAAGAAACAAACGCACCAUGUACUUAACAGCAAAGUGCUGAGGACAGGACAGCUAAAUGACUCAAAGCCAGAUAUGUGUUUUCCUUCCCGCAAUAAAAAAACAAAAAAAUAAGAUAGAAACGUAAAAAAAAGGAGAGCCUGAAUAAAACAGUUAAAGCAGAAGCAACGUUCGAUCGAAACUUUAGCAGUAACACAGAAACAGUAAAUUAAAUUCGAAAUUAGGAUCAAUAUUGGUGUCUGGAAACGACAGCUGAAAAAAGAAAACUAUGACAAAACUGAAAUUGAACUACUGUAGAAAGUUGUGUAACUCGAGAGAAAUUGCAAUACAACCUAAAACAAACCAGGGAUUUAAAAUCUGAAUGUUUUUUUGAAUAACCUAAUAUGAAUAGUACAUCUACACUUGCUGUUGUUUUUUAAUCUUUUUUUUUUUUUUUUUAAAUAAAGGCCAUCACGAGCAAGAUUUUCAGAACCCAAGAACAAGAAAAAAAUGAAUUAAAAACCUAAAGGAAGAUGACAUUAAAAGAAAAAAUCGUUGCAACAUAUCACUGCUUACGUUAGCCACAUACAGGCAUAGAUAUCAUUGUGAGCAUUAAGCUUCCUGGUGUGCUUGGCACUUGCUCCAAUAUGGCAAUUUGGCAUCAUCAGCCAUUUCCAGUCAGAGGCAGGUGUGAAAAAAGGAACUUUUAAUUAAAAAUUUGGUCUUUUAUUAUCGCCUCAGGAUAAUCAACAGAUGACAAUAGUCCUUUGCUUGCAAAGCUCUCAGCAUAGAAAUAAAUUUGAUUGGGUUCAAUUUUUAAAAUGUCUACUUUUAAUUCCCCCCCCCCCCCCCCCCCUCCCCAUGGUCAGGGUAAUACAUGUGACGAAUCUAUUGUAAUUAUAUCAAUGAUUGUAAUGAUUUUUUCUAUUUGUUUAGCUUUGUCAAUCUUUUUUUUAUAUUUUUGCUGUUGUGCUCUCCAAGGACAAUGCUCUUCGAUGUUCUGCAGAGAAUACUGUCUUGUGAAUCGUAAAAUUGACAUGGUAUUAUCAUCAUAUCUGAGCUCCAUAUCUUGUAAAAUAUGACCGCUUCAUGUUUCAUAAUACAAGAGAUAUGAAAUUUUUAAAAGAUCAGGCUCAAGCUUUAACAUUGAAUAUCUUUUUAAUGUUCCGUACCAAAGUAUCUUUAUUCAACUGUAGGUUAAAAAAUGUUCUGUACCAAAGCAUCUGUAUUGAACAGUUGCGUGUUCAGGUUUGUUCCUUGGUGGUUUAUCUCAAGGAAAAAAACUUUGUAAAUUUUUUUUAUAGCAGUGGACAGCACAAGAGUGAAUAGGGACAAAAUAAGCUGGAAAUUUUGAAAGGAAUAAAUAUACUCAAUUUCUGCAACAAUACAAAAUCACUCUGUGCUGAGGUUAGCCAUAGUACACACAGAGGUUGCUUAUCCACAUAUAGCAUACUCCGCUGGUAUUAAACUAAUUUCUAAAGCUACAUUACUGUACAGUAACUGUUUCUUUGAUAAAUUUGAAUAUAAUGAUAUCCAUCAACUAUAUUUUAUUUUCUUAACUAUUAAAAUAAUUUCUUAGAAAAUCAUAUCUCCAUUAAUGUCUCAUAGCUUCAAAUCUAAAUUGUGCAAAUAUUGUGAUCAGUGAAGUGAGCAAAGGGAAACCAUAAACUUUACUUCUUUAUAAAGCUAAAUUUACAUUCCUGUUUUCCACUAAAAUUUCAAAGUUGAAAUAACGUGACUAUGCCACAGUAUUUUUUACUUCCGUCACAUUUACCAGCUCUAAGCCAAGAAGUAAAAAUACAGAAUCAAAAUUUGCACCAGGUCUAUGUUAGUUUCAUCUGUAUCUUAAAGAUCAUUUUGUUGAAUGAUAAUUUCUUCCACUGUUAUUAUUGUGAUGUUCUAAGCAUGUUGUUUAAUAUCUUAUAUUAUUGAUUGAUCUUGGAACAAAUUUAAUAGCUUUGUACUGAACAUCAUGUCCCUUGACUUCAAAGUAAAGUAUUCUGAUUAAAUUAGUAAUGUAAA